AUGGACCCGGCCCUCUUUUCUCUCAGAGCUCUAGCAUGGCUGACGAGUUCUGCCAUUGCUACGACAGGGGCCGUCGUUGGCCUGACCUGCUCAGCCAUCAUUCGUCCAUUCAGCCGUCGUAGCUGCUAUGAUAUCAACUCAUUCAUCGCAGGCAACCUCUGGCGCUACUUUCAAUGGCUAUUCACUGGUCCACAUAAAGCACGCAUCACAUUUUCUGGUGAUGCAUUGCCAGAAGGAGAGAACGCAAUAGUCAUUGCAAACCACACAUCUUAUUCAGACUUUCAGCUCAUUCACUCUGUUGCUAGCAGUAAAAAGAUGCAAGGCCGAUGCCGAUACUUUGCCAAGGAUGAGCUCAAGUACAUUCCCAUCCUCGGCUGGGCCAUUUACCUGUGUGACAUGGUUCUCGUGUCUCGCAACUGGAUCACCGACCAGAAAGAACUUCUCAAUGUUUUUGGGCCAAUCCGUAAGCUACGACUUCCCAUGUGGCUCAUUACCUACGUCGAAGGUACUCGCUUUACGCCCAAGAAGUGUAAAGCCUCGCAAGAGUUUUGCGAAAGUCGCAAUAAGCCCAUCUUGAAGCAUGUCUUGUACCCUCGCGUUCGUGGAUUCUAUGCAACGGUUGAGCAAUUUCGAACAUCUCACAUCAAGGUGGUGUAUGAUCUGACUCUUGUCUGGAGUAAGGACGGGAAGCUACAUGCUGCCCCGACCCCUGUCGAGGUCCAUGGCAUCUCCGACCUCAACAAGCACUACAAGUUCCAUGUCCAUGUCCGGCGAUUCAAUCUGCAGGAUCUGCCACAGGACGAGGCAGCAGUCGCUGGAUGGCUCGAAAAGAGGUGGGUAGAAAAGGACCAGGUGCUCGAGGCGUUUGCACAAGACUUUGAAGGAGCACGAAAGACAUAUAAGGCAUUCGAUAUGUAG